AUGAGUCGAUACAACAGCGACCCUAACCCAUUCGAUGAAGAAGAAGAAGUGAAUCCCUUCUCGAAGGGCUCGACUGCUCAUGCGCCGAAGGCACGCAUUCCUCCUUUGGGGCAUGAACCAAUGGGAUUUGGACACAAUGAUGCAACAGUUGACAUUCCGCUUGAUACAAUGAAUGUAAUGGACUUUGUGGAAAUCAAAAGGAGAGAAGAUGCUGUUGCUAAAACUGGCAUCACCCCAGAUGAUAAAAACUGGCCACCAUUUUUUCCCAUCAUCCACCAUGAUAUAGCAAAUGAAAUACCUAUCAAUGCUCAAAGGCUACAGUAUUUGGCUUUUGCCAGUUGUCUUCACCAAGGGUUUCUAAAAUCAUGGAAUGGCAAGCAAAUUCAUGAUAUUAGGGAAUCUUUGAACCUUGUUAUCAACCGCAGGGGCAUCCUUGCAGCAGUUGAUGUCAUCUCUGACCAUUUGUUGGUUGGGAUUUUCUACCUAGUAGGCUUUGGCCUGUUUUGCUUAGAGUCGCUUCUUAGCUUGUGGGUCCUUCAGGGCCCUGCAGCUGCACAGGGAUGUCAUACUUUGCUUCUGCCAUUUUCUGCUUUGAGCAUUCACUUAAUAGUUCCAACUUCUCUUGGGGAUGCUGUCUAUGACUACGUUGCCAAGCGCCAUUUGAAAAGGAAUAUUGGGAAUAUUGGAGUUGAGUGGUUGAUUGCGUGGAAGAUCAUGGUGGUUAUAUUACUACUACCAUCAAUGGUGUUAAUGGUACUGAUCAACAGAGUGCUGGUUGUGGUGGUGAUUAGCGAUGUUGAGGUAAUAAUGCUUGGAGAUUUAAGUGGUGGUGUCGAUGAAGAUAACGGUGUUGGCAAUGCUUGCGGUGGAUUGAUGAUAGUACUGGCGAUGAGGAGCGGGACUAAUGACGAUGGCAAAUGA